UAUAUAUAUAUAUAUAUAUAUAUAUAUAUAUAUAUAUAUAAUACACGCUCACACUUAGGUAUCGGCACUUACACAUACAUGUACACACACACACACAACAAUUAUUUCUCCAAUAACAACUACUACAACACCGAGGAGUAAUUCUAUUAACCGGAUUCGGAAGAUCUGAGGAGUAUCUAUAAAGUGGAUAAAGAGAGGAAAUAAUCCAGGAGUAUCUGUCACGGGAAGAAAGGAGUAAUUACGAAAUAUUAUGAAACUGUUUACUGAAGACAUGCUGGCUAAGACAUACGGCAGUCGAUCACCCCCACCUCUGUCAUCCCUGUUAUCGCCAUCCUCUUCCUCCACCGCCUCCGCCGCGUCAUCAUCACUAUCGUCAUCAUCAGCAUCAGCAAUAGCAGCAGCAAGGUCAACAGCCCGAUCAGCAGCGGCGGCCGCAGCAGCAGCACUGGCCGCCUCCGGCGCAGCCAUAGCGCCCCCUCCACCCCCACCUCCUCCUCCCCCGCUUCCGCCAGUAUCGGCAGCUGUCUUACCGCCCCAUCCACCCCCACUGCAGCCGGGGGUGCCGGCGACGACGACCACCACUACCACAGAACAACAGUGGUACAUCGAUCAAGAGUUAUUGAUUGUGGCCGCCAUCUGUUCGACUCUUAUCUCCGUCACUGGACUUGUGAUGGCGUCCAUGCUGUGCAACUGGUGUUUCGGCCGGAAGCGAGGUCGCGGCCGUGGAGGGAAGAACAGCGGUUCGGGCGGCGGUGCGGGCGGUGCGUCAGGCUUCGCUGCCGGCGAUGAUGACGACGACGACGAGGAACAGGCCAAGCUGAACGAUUACCGGCCGGUGCCAUAUGGAGGGGCGGACGACUGUAGCCGAAGUAGUGUAAGGAAUGGCUACACACCGAACGGCAGCCCGUCCCAGGAUGGAGGCGGCAGCAGUUUGGCGUCCGGUGACACGGCCAGCUGUUCGAGUACGCAGAAGUUGACAUCGGUCGGCAAGAAGAACAAGAAGACCAUGAGGAACCUUGCACAAAAGAGCAAACACAUGCAACAGGUGUUCAGCUGUUUUGGAGCAAGAAGAUACCAACGCCAUUACGAUGAAAUUGAUGACCUUCAAAGCUUUUUUUCUGGAUUUCUAAGCAGAUUUGAACGGCACCACAAUGUUGACAAAUACAAGAUGGUCUCAGAGCAGACAAUGCCGCCAACCAAUGUUAACCAAAUGUCUACAACGGCCCUCGAGGACAACAUGGCAUUUGCAUAUCAGCAGCAAAAUGGAAACAGAAUAGAUGAGGAAUCUCCUGAACAAACUUCACUUCUUUCAGUUCCUGAGGAAGAGACAACAGAUGCUGUUGAAGAAGUAUCACCAGAUCUUCCGCCAAAGGAAUAUGAUCAAAGAAAAGCAUCAACUACAUCAGGACUGAGCACUUCAUCACUGUCUGAACUUAUUGGGCUUUUCUUUCAUAAGGGUAGCAGGCACAAGAGUGAAAAGAAUCCCACCUUGCCUGACCCAAAUCUACCUGGGACUAGUGGUGAGUCUUAUAAAGAUCGCAUCAAAGAGGCAAGGGAAUUGAGGAAACAAAAUCGACGACGUUCAUCGCUUGCAAAUUACCGUUCUUGGUGGUCUUACAUAAGAACCAGGCUGCCUGAAAUAGCAGCAUUAAACAAUGAGCAGAAGCAGAAAAAGAGUGAAAAAAUGACAAUGAAACAGAUGUAUGAGAGACGGUCUUCUUUGUUUAGCCAUGAUAAAUCAAAAUCAAAAUCGAAAAAUGAAUUUUUCAGACGAUUCUCUCUAAACACCCCUUCCACAGAAAAAGAGCGGCACGAGAUGGCAGCAACAAGCUCGACAACGAACAUUCAUCAAAUUGUUGGCAGCUUUAAACAGAGGUUCCAUUCACGGGACAAUCCUUUGCAUUCCAGGGCAAAUGCAUACUCUAAACAAAGGGAAAGACAAAGAAAGAGGAAAUGCAGGGAGCAAAACAAACGAAAAAUGUACACCGGCAAUUCACAGGUAACUCGCUCCAGGUCACCCUCAUUUACUGUACCUCAAAAGUCUUCCAAACAUUCUCACAAAAGUAAGAAACGAAACCCGGCCUUCGCCAGUAUCGAUCAGGAAGCAGCUUAUGUCAGUCUUAUAACGCGACGCCGGAAACUGGAACAAAUGCGCAGGAGAUAUAUGCAAGAUGUAGCAAUGAGGAAGGAAAUGGGGGGAUUUGAUAGUGACCCUCAGAUCCCUGCAGAUGUUGAACUAUGAUAAAUAUUGUCUCAAGUAUAUAGUUAGUGGGUGCUACUGAGUCAGGACCCUUACAAUGAAAGGAGCUAGGAAAUAUAGUCAAGUCCGAUACAAAUAUCACACUACACAUCGCAAGGAUAUCCACAAUUUAAUUAAUUAUAUAAUGAUAUUGAUUUAAUAGUAACAUGGUGGAGAUAUCUAGAGUGUAGUAAACAACUUGUUAAGGAUAUUGUAGAAGUGGGGAAAAGAAUUUAAUAAAUGAUGGUGAUAUCAACUACAGAAUGCUAUGAGAACACCCUACAAUUCUGAUAUAAUAUGUAAUCCCACAACAAUAACAUCAACAACAUUGAACAACAACAAUAACAACAUUGGUAUUGUAGAAAGAGAUGAAAUGUCAUAAUUUUAUUAUAUCUGAAGUAUGAUAAUGUAAGACCCAGGAUGUCAGAAUAAGAUUGAAACAGAUAAUGUUUUGGUGAGAUCCAGCGUUUAGAAACAGGAUAAUGUAUCACAGAGUUUGUUAAUUCAGUAAUAUCAUAUCUAGAAUGGAGCAGAUUUAUUGAAAAUAGUGGUAAAAUAGUGGAAAAAGAUGGUGAUCUUGAGACUAGGGCUGAAUUGUGGUGAUAUCCAAAAUGUAAUACAAAUACAAGAAAGAUAUCCUUGAUUGUAGG